UGUUCAUCUUUCCCCUCUCUCCGCUGAUGUUCCCCCUCAGCUGCCCAAUCAGUGUCUUUGCUCUUGGUUAAAGCAGUAGUGUUGCCACGCCCCACCCUGCCAGAAGCAGCCCUUCACCUAGUGGUGCCCCACCCUCUGAGGUAUGAGGAAGAUGGAGCAGGUUGCACGGUUUCAAGAUGACCAAAUCCCCUGGGGUUGGUGCGGCAGAGUGGUGUGUGGGUGGCUGAGCCUAGCCAGUAGACGCUGGUGUAUUUGCAAGUCUUGGCUGCCCUAGGUCUCUAAAAGAUGGGGGCCUGUGCCUAGUCCGGAGGUUCGAAAGUUGGGGCGAUGCUGGUACAGAUCAAGUCCUCUAACUGAGCGCUGAUUCUGUGACCCGGAAGAGCUGGGCUCCGCAGCCGGGAGAUGGAACACGUGCGUGGUUGGCGAGGGCCCUGCCUGUCUGGAUGCACAGCGUUGGUGUUCGCCCGCUGCCGCCAAGGCGUACUGGUCCGAUUCUGUCCCUGCCGCCCGUCCCGGGAAAAGAGCCGACUGCCACGCCGCGCUACUUCCGCCGCUCCGCGCUGCUGCGAAGUUUCCGGCGGGAUGCAGUGGACGCGCGGCGCCACCCUCUCGCCGAGAAAGGGGCGGGGCCCAGCCGGCGCCGCCGGAGGGGAGAGCGCGGCUGGUGCGGCAGCGAUCAGCCAGCCUUGGAGCCGAGCUUUCGGGCGGCCGCGGCGACAAGGUCCGCUCUGACUGCACCACACCAUGCCCCUCAGCCUCUUCCGGCGCCUUCUCCUUGCCGCCCUGCUGCUGGUGAUUGUCUGGACCCUCUUUGGGCCCUCGGGCAUCGGGGAGGAGCUGCUGAGCCUCUCGCUCGCCUCCCUGCUCCCAGCCCCGGCUUCCCCCGGACCGCCCCUGGCCUUGCCCCGCCUCUUAAUCCCCAACGAGGAGGCGUGCGGUGGGCCCGGCGUCCCUCCCUUCCUGCUAAUCCUGGUCUGCACGGCCCCGGAGAACCUGAACCAAAGAAACGCCAUUCGGGCCUCGUGGGGCGGGCUGCGCGAGGCCCGAGGGCUCAGGGUUCGGACUCUCUUUCUGCUGGGAGAGCCGAGCUGGCGGCAUUCCGCCGGGGGCUCCCACGAGAACAACCUGGCACUGGAGUCAGCGGCCCAUGGGGACAUCUUGCAGGCGGCCUUCCAGGACUCCUACCGAAACCUUACCCUCAAGACCCUCAGCGGGCUGAACUGGGCUGACAAACACUGCCCCAUGGCCCGCUACAUCCUCAAGACCGACGACGAUGUGUUUGUCAACGUCCCCGAACUGGUAUCAGAGCUGGUCCGCCGAGGGGGCCGUUGGGAACAAUGGGAGAUGGGCGUGGAGCCCCAGAAAGGCACUGAGGUCGGACAUGAAGAGUGGGAAGGAGGCGGCCCCACCCUGGGGAGCCAGCCAGUGCCUCUUUUGUACCUGGGACGUGUGCACUGGUGGGUGCACCCCUCUCGGACCCCAGGGGGCAAGCACCGGAUAUCAGACGAGCAGUGGCCUCCCACAUGGGGCCCCUUUCCACCCUAUGCCUCCGGCACAGGGUAUGUGUUGUCAGCUUCUGCUGUGCAGCUCAUCCUGAAGGUGGCCAGUCGGGCACCCCCUCUGCCACUGGAGGAUGUCUUUGUGGGGGUAAGUGCCCGAAGAGGAGGCCUCACUCCAACCCACUGUGUCAAGCUGGCUGGUGCCACCCACUACCCCCUGGACCGGUGCUGCUAUGGGAAGUUCCUGCUGACAUCCCACAGGUUGGACCCCUGGAAGAUGCAAGCAGCCUGGACGCUGGUGGGCGGCUCUGAUGGGGAAAGGACCGCACCCUUCUGCUCCUGGCUCCAGGGAGUCCUGGGCCUCCUGCGGUGUCGGGUGAUAGCCUGGCUUCACAGCUGAGAGUGCCUGGGACCACAGGAGAGGAGUGUGGAGCUGGGGGUUCAGCCACCACCCCUACAACCUUCUCUCUCCCAGGCCCAAGGCAGGGGCCCUGGGUGGCUGCAGCUGAUCAGUUUCCCCAUAGCAGAUGGCCAGUCUGUCACUGAAGACUGAGGGAUACAGGAAAAACCUAGAGGCCUGGCCUGCCGGCCCCAAAGAUGGUCAUCAGGAAGAAAGAGCAAAACAAUGCUGGGGUGGCACGAGCCCCUCAAUAAACUUGUCUCUCUAUCUCUUCGAGUGCAGUGUGGUCCUCCCCAGGAGUCCCUGAACACAAACCUGGGAGCCUAGAGACUGCCAAACCCUGCUGGAUGGGAAGGACAUCUCCAGGGACAUGGGACAAGAGAGAGGACAGCCUCUCUGAGGAGGAAGGUCCCUAAAGAGCAAGGCUAAGGCCACAGCGACUACAAGAUAUGGGGCGGGGGUAGAGGCAAGCCACCAUAACCCUCAGAUCCUAGAGGAGCCCCCUGC